AUGACCGCUAUUCUUUUUUAUUUCUUCCUCUGUGAUAGAACCAACGUUCUUGGGGAAUCCAAGAAGGACUACAGUCGAGACCUGUUUAUGUUCUUGUAUCUGCUGUUAAUUAUAGCUUCUACGCUCACCUCUCUUAAGAAGCAUGCGGCUGAUAAGCCGCUGGCGGCAAGCAAGUCCAUCCUCUAUCUAAACAGACUGAAGAAUGGAAAGGGUGGAUGCAGGUUAGUUCUUUUUCUGAUAUAUCACUACUUUGAGGCUCGUGAGAUUUACAAUGCCAUACGUGUUUUUAUUGCGGCGUAUGUGUGGAUGACUGGCUUUGGUAACUUCUCAUAUUAUUACGUGCGUAAAGACUUCAGUCUUGGCAGUUUUGCCCAGAUGAUGUGGCGUCUCAAUUUUCUGGUGUUUUUCGCCUGUUUGUUGCUCGACAACGACUACAUGCUAUACUGGUGCAGCAGCGGGAGGACGCCCAGGCCGUUGUGCGAUCGAUCGGGGAGCGAUCGGGAGCCAGCUCAACAAUUGCCUCUCGUGGGCGCACUGCACUGUCUUCUUCGGGUGGUGGUGCUGGUGUUUGUGCUUGUGCUGCUGGUGCCGGGCGUCUUUAGGGCGGGAAAAAGACGAUGCUUUGACGUUCCGGUUGGAGGGGAGCCGGAAUUCUCAUUGAAGGAAACGCGAGCGCGCCCGGUGGAGGAGGAGGAGGAGUGCGUUAGGUUUGCUGGUGCGGCCCAUGGUGGUGGUGGUGGUGGGCUUGUGAGAAUGGCGGGCUGUCUCUGGGCAAGUUAG